GGCCCCACAAGUCUCUACAUGUUGAGCAGCAGGGCUGAGAUCCAGUGACGUCACCAACUGAUCUGUGGAUAAAAGGACCUGCUGAGAUGCACAGGUCACCCCCCACUCCACGGCAGCCGCUCUGAGCCAUGAGUCCCCGCUGCUGCACCCUGGCUGUCUCAGCCGCCCUCUGCCUCCUCAUGGUCCUCUGCUCCCAAGGGGCCCCAGUAUCCCCCAUGGGGGCUCGCCGGAUAGUGUGUGAGCUAUAUGGGAGGUGCGGGGACAAGUUCUACGACCCGGCACACUACUGCUGCCAUGACCAGGCCGUGGUGCCCCUGGCCAGGACGCACGGGUGCGGCAACUGCACCUACAGGGUGUGCUUCGAGCAGUGCUGCCCCUUGUCACUGACGGUGAAACUCAGAGACCAGGACUGCUCGGCGGCCGCAGGCCCUGGGGACCGGCUGUGUCACAGCAUCCGCUCGCGAGUCAGCUAACUCCCUCCUCAUUGGGUCUCCUCGGACCUCAGCCUGCACCUUCCUAGGAGAGGCAAUGGGGGUGUCACCGACCAGGAGCCCCGAGGAGCCCUGACCUGACGCCAGCCCCCAGGCCAAUGUCCAUGCGGACAAGGUGCAGCCGGCCCAGUCCCUCUCCUCCAGCCCCGGGAAUAAAGCACAGGCACUCUCUAAAGGUUGCCUCCUUUCCGUCGUGAUCCGGGGGGCGCUGGGGCGUUGGGGAGGGUCCUGAACUAUGACCCGGGGCUGCUUGUUCCCGGCAAGCGCGCAUUUUGGCACCAACAGCCGGGUCUCCU